AUGGAUGAGUCAGAGUUUGUCGUAGUAAAUGAGGAUAAUAAGGAAUCCACAGGACUCGAUAACCUGGCAGAAGUUGUGCAGGCAUAUGGAGCUGCACGCGAUUCUCUUCUUAAAAGCGUUACUCUCUUGCAUGAUACAUUAAAUUUAAACAUGGAACUUGCUCUGAAGAAUACUCCACCUGAUUUUGAAUCGAACUCGGAUGAUCUUAUGCGACGUAUAUUAGGAUCGUUGCAUACGUCUUCGGAGGGUGUUCUACGUAACCAUGUGAAAAGUCUCUGUUCAAAAUUGGUUGCUGUAAAGAAGGAAUAUGAGGAUUUGUCCAACAAAUAUGAGGCCCUAAAUGUUCAAGCCUCAUCUGGGUCUUCGGUUAGUUCUGCUUUUUUAUCGGUGGUGUCGUUCUUGAUUGCUUCUUGCUUGAAUUGCGAAUUUCGAAUUGAUCACUAUUGGAUUUCUUGA